UUAUUGUACUCCACCACUACAAUACCCAUCUCAAACCCAAUAUUUUAUGACUCCUCUGUUAGAAGAAAUGUUAUGGAUUCUUAAGCCAGUGUGUUUCAGUUCCGGGCAUGAAGAAGAGCUUGAGAAAUUCACUGUGCAGAGGAGCAGACACUGUAGUUAAUGUCACAAUGAAUCCCAAUAGCUUUAGAUCAAGAUUAGCAGCUUCUUCAUUCUUACUUGGUAGAAGAAAACAAGGUUUAAAAGAAGCACCUGCAGAAGAUCAUUCUGCUGCAACCCCUUCUCUUAUCAGCUCUUAUAACCCAUUAUCUGAUGAUGAUGAUGAUGAUCUCAGUACUCCUCCAACUUUAGAGGAAAUGCUUGCUCGUCUGCAGGAGGAGGAGGAGGAGGAAGCAGGGCAGCUUGCAGAAUUAAUAGCUUUAUCCAACUUAAGCAGCAUAAACCCUAACAGAAUGUCCUCUGUCAACAAUUCUGACUUAAUGAGAGCUGCCCAAAGGGCAUUGAAUGUUCAGUGCCCCAGAUUAUCAGUUGAUGGAAGGGAUGUAAACCAGGGUCCAAGAUCAGAUUUUGCAAGGAAAUUACCUCCAGAUAUUGAAUCUAGGAACUAUCAGAGGAGCACCAUGAAUAAGGAGAAUGAUCUCUCUCAGGGAUUUCGUAAGCCCUGUUUGGUUGAAAGACUGAUGGGUCUGGAAAUCAUGCCUGUGAAGAAGCCAACUCCAGCUCCAUGUCUUAAGCGCAGUAACACAUCACAAAGGAAUGAUUAUUUGGAUGGGCAGUAUUUGAAGGAUUUGUGUGGUGCAACUGGAAUUGUACCCAGGGCAAUCAAUGAUAGGAGAUUCAUGGUGAAGCAGCCCUUGAAUUCAGAGAAGCAGAAGUAUCAGAGGCCUCUUCCUCCUGAUGGUAAACAGAUAAGACAGGGUUUUGGAUCAUAUCAAAAGUCUGCCAUUAAAAGCCCACUUGGAAUGGUGCAGGUUUCUGCAGCUGGUCAUCAUCCUAGUUACAGUCAAACAAAGAAGUUGCAGGCCUCCUCUUCCAAGCCACAAGAGCUGCUCAUGAAGAAGCAGCCCAAUUACAGGACAAAUAUCAUGGAGGAGAAGAAGAAGAAAAGUGAUUGCAGAUUAUGUAGUAAUAGAGCUCAUUUAAAGUGAUGACAGCAAACAUGUAAUGUACUAAGUUAUUUUGUUUUUUUUGGAAUCUGUUUAUGUAAUGAGUGCAGUUUGUGGUUCAA